AUGGUCAUUGGCGUGGACGUGAACCAUCCUGGUGAGACCGAGCGCGUCAUGUCCUCGGUGGCGGCCGCCGUCGGCUCCUACGACCAGUCCUUUGCCCUCUACAAUGCCAGCAUUCGAGUGCAGGCGAAGCAGCGCGACGAGACGAUCAAGCAACUCGAUCUGAUGGUGGGCGACCUGCUGCGGCAGUACAAGGACGCUCGUCGAGAGCUGCCCUCGACGCUGGUCGUCUUUCGCGACGGCGUCUCCGAGGGCCAGUUUGCCCGCGUCGUCGACGUUGAGAUUCCGCUCAUUCGCCGAGCCUGCGCCGAGCUGGGCGCCCCCAACCUGCCCUUUGUCCUCAUUGUUGUGCAGAAGCGUCACCACACUCGCUUUGCCCUGGCCGAGCAGAACACCUCUGGUCGCAAGCCCACCUACAAUGUGCCCUCGGGCACUGUCGUCGACCGGGACAUUGUCGACCCUACUCUCAAGAGCUUCUACCUCAACAGCCACUUUUCCCCACUG